GUUCUCGUCAGUUUAUGUAUCGCCGGGAUGGAUAUCGGUACGUCUUCUUUCGCGAGUCAAAAUUCUCUUAAUUCCGUCGCCCAGAGAAAAUUUUAUCAGUGGGUGCUUAAAUGGAGAAAUGGUAUAAACACAUCUACCGACGGGAACAUCGAGGAAUCGCGCGACGUUCGAAAUUCAAAUAAGCCAGAUGUACCGAUAUUAGCCAGCUUUUUGCAGGCGAUCGGAUUCAAGCUCCUUUCGUUGGAGAAGCGUAAUAGUACUCAAAGAAAAGAUGAGAACGACGCCUCCACACCUGAUCCAGGUGUAAUUACAGUUUCCAUCGAAUGCGGCUCCUCUAAUAUGAAAGCAAUUUUGGAAUUGGGAGAUAUCACGUGUCGAUGUCCUCAUUCUGAUCAUGUCAAGGACGCGUCCUUUUGGACCAUCAGUGGUACUGGACCUAUUGGUAGUAUUGACAAUAUUGUACAAAAAGUGGAGGAAACAGGUAGCAAUUUAUUGCCACGUCUAUCGAAGGAUAUCACUCGAGUUUUGCAUGAUGUAACCUACAGAUUAUUCGAGUUGAUCGUAUCCGAACUGGAUGUCAACCAUAACACGGAUACGAAUUUCAAUUCCCCGCGUUCGAGUAGUACAUCUUACGAGUUAAAAGCUAUGCAGGAGAGUGCGAGAAACGCAACGGGAGUUGCACGCAGCUACACAGAACCGGAAAUGCGUAUUUAUGCAAACAGCUCGAAUUCAAAUCGUACUUCCGAAGAAAAAGUUGAAAACGGUUCUCCUGAAUCCGUUAGCCGAAAUGUUUCGCCAGUAAAUCCAACACCAACGCCAGGCAAAUUUUCUUUACAACGUCAAAAAACAUGGGACAUCGACAUCGAAACCGAAAGUUUAGAAGGAAAGCCACGUCCAUCGCCGCCAAAACUUGCGAGUUCUCCCGCCAUAGUCACCGAAUUAUCGAAUUCCUUGGGACAACUUUCUUUGCAAGACGAAAUUGAAAAUCCUAAGAACGCGGCGGAGUAUAUCGUAGGAGCUCAGCAAAAUUUAGCAAAGGCUCUUAAAAUGUUAUUAUACAAAGUACCCAGCAUUUCGAUUGACGUAUCGCCUAAUCUAGAUAAUGAUGUCGCAUCCAUAAAAUCGGCACCUGCGAAUAUAUCGCCGGCAGCUGUUAUCAAUCCUUACAAACCAUCUCGAGCAAGCACCAUCGGUAACGUUAAACCGUCACCUAGAUUGAGCCACGUGACGCAUCAACAUCAAUUAUCGACGAAACCCAAUUUUGGAAACGCAGGACAAUCGUUAAAAGCGCGACGCAGUAUUCAAAUGGAGCAAGGAAAUCCGAGGCCCCCUAUACGUCGCAAUAGUUCUUACGUACCUUCGUCUGCUAAUUCUAAUGUUCCAUCGCUAUCGAGGAUUUCGGAUGUUGGACAAAAGUUGUUGGGAACUGGAAGAACUAACGUGACAGGAAGGAAGACCGUUUCACCUGAACUUCGAGUCGGCGGUUCCCAGAAUUUAGAUACAAAUAAUACGCCAAGCAAACGUACAACUUCAAUGAUUAAGCCACCAACCAAAAUUAUAAAAACAAUACCUGUUAAAGCAAAAACAGUACAACCUUCCAAAAUAAGCACGGGAUUAGUUAAGAAACCAAAAAUUACCCUUACGAAAGACUAAAUCGAUUUUUAUUUAUUGUAUUUCAGAUGAUAAACAUUAUAGCUUUAUAUUUAAGUCAUUUUAAACAAAGAGUCAUUCAGACGUUUUAUUAUAGAGUAUUUAAAUAUGUACUUUUAAACGAUUAAAGUGUUUUAUUUUUGCAACAGA